AUGAUCUUUCCGAUGAUCGCAGUGGGCAUAACUUUACCAUUCAUUCUGUUCUUCACUUCUCAGUGGCGGAUUUUGUUUCUGUACAUGUUAUGGUUUUUGUAUGACAGGAAAUCGCCGCAAAACGGUGGCUACAAAAAUCGAUGGAUGAUAAAGUGCAGGUACAAUGACUGGUGCAACAAGUAUUUCCCAUCAACCGUUCACAAAACCGUUGAUUUACCUGCAGAUCGCAAUUACAUUUUUGCAUGUCAUCCACACGGCAUAAUAUGUUUCGGACUGUACUCAUCUUUUGUGAGCGAAUUUCUCGGCAAUCAAACCAGAAAGUUUCCAGAUCUUCGAUUUGUUGCUUGCACGUUGAGAUCGAACUUUUAUCUCAUGAUCAGAAGAGAGUGGCUACUUCUUACUGGAUUUGUUGACUGCUCCAAAGAAAGUAUCCGAAGUGCUCUUACGAGGAGGAGUACUGGACAAGCCGUCAUGAUUGCUGUUGGUGGAGCCGAAGAGGCUCUCUACGCUCGACCGGGAGCACACGUGUUAAAGCUACUGGCCAGGAAAGGUUUCGUUAGGCAGGCCCUUCAAUACGGCGCUUCAUUGGUUCCUGUGUAUACCUUCGGAGAGAAUGAAAUAUAUUUGCAGAUUGACAACCCAGAAGGUUCGCUGAUUCGCAAGUUCCAGAUGUGGAUUAAAAGCUUCAUAGGAGUUUCAAUGCCACUCUUCUACGGAAGAGGUCUGCUUCAGCUUAACUUCGGUUUUCUGCCGUUUCGAAAGCCUAUCAACACAGUCGUUGGAGCGCCGAUAGACGUUUGCAAGGUUUCCGAACCGACCGAUGAGGAAGUGGAACGCGUCCAUCGUCAGUACUGCGACGCGCUUAUAGACCUCUUCGAGCAGCACAAAACACAAUUCGGCGUUUCUAAAGAGACCAAACUCAUUCUCGUCUAG